AUGACUGAUUGGUUUCUUUUUAUUAUCAGGGAACAUGAGGAGAUUUUUAAUCCUUGGAGUGAAUUUAUACAGGUCAACAUUCCUUUCAAUAGUACUGAAAUUGUUUCAAAUACAUCUAAAAUACCAGAGAAUUCGUGUCCGCCACUUGAUAAUUUAACACAAAACCUUUACUAUGGAUUCUUUGCCAUUCUUUGUAUUUUGGGCCUGGUUGGAAAUGGAAUGACAAUUUAUCUUCUGGACUUUUCCAUUAAGAGGAAUUCUUUCACCACUUUCAUCCUGAAUCUCUCCGUUGCUGAUUUUGGAGUCAUCACAUCCCUCAUUAUGACAGAAAUAUUUGUGACAGUGUUAACUCUGGGUAAAAGAAAUUACAUUGUCCAAACCUUUUUCUUCUUAUUUUUCGAGCUCUUUUCCUUCACCUAUUCUGCCAGCCAGUUUCCUUCACCUAUUCUGCCAGCCAGCCUAGACAGGUGUGUGGUUGUCCUCUUCCCACUCUGGCAUCGCUGCCAUCGUCCUCCAUAUUUGCCCACUCUUGUUUGUGGCCUCAUCUGGAUCCUUUCCUUCCUGCUCUCUGCGGUGCACUUCAUUCUCCAGCAAACCAGGGCCUUUGGAGGUUCACCUUUGCUUUACCAGCUGAUUGUGAAUGGUUUACUUUGUACGCCUCUCAUGGUUGUGUCCACUGUGACUCUCUUGAUUCAUAUGAGGUCUAAAUCACAACACAAUCAAAGGAAAUUGCUCACCACCAUCUUUCUGGCUCUCCUCUUCUUCCUCCUUUUUUCUCUCCCAAUGGAUGUCUUUUAUGUCAUUGAAUAUUUUGGUUCCUAUAAUCCCCUCCUCAUGACAGUUGGGAUAGGAUGUGCGGCUCUCAACAGCAGCAUCAACCCACUCCUUUAUUUCUUAGUUGGGAGGAAGAAGAGGGGAAAGGAUCAGCACAGAGCAACUUUUAAGGUUGCUCUGCAAAGAGUUUUCAAGGAUGAGCAGGAAAGCUCAGAAGAGCAGCAAGCUACAGAGGAAAACAUAUUGUGA